AGGAUGCCUCCAUAAUAAAACCCCAUGAGAACAGAACAUCAACAUUGGGAUCUGUGCACAGACUUGCAAUAAAUUUCCAUAGAAAUUUUUAUUUCAAGAUUUGUCUACUCUGCGAAAACAAGAACCAGUUUUCUUCUUCAAACCCAAACGUCUUUAAUAGUAGCUUGGAUUUUAGUUUUUAUCUUCUUCUUCUUAUUUUUUACUACUUGUUAAUGACAAAAUAGCAGCUUCACCUAUAUGGAUUUUGAUAAUAUCUGUUGAGAUAUUCUGUUUUAAAUUUUAAUUAAUUUUCUUAAUGACUAAUGUGAAAAAAUAGAAUUGAGAGAAUUUUUUUUCCCAAUUUGGUGUUCAAUGAAAGUUGAGUUUGGGAAUAUGGGGAUUUUGGAGCAUGGCAAAGACAACAAGCCUUUAUCAUUGAAAGUGCUUCAGUUUCUCUUGUUGUUUUUGGGUUUAGGAAUUGCUUUAUCAAUUUUAAGUAUGUGUAUGCUUAGAUUUGCAGAAUUGAAGAAUGUACUCCCUGUGGUUCAAUCGAGAAUAAAUCCAUGUUUUCAACAACAAAAUAGUUUAGAGAAUUGGAUUAGGCCUCUAUCAAACUUGCAUCAUUCAAUGAAUGAUGCUGAGCUUUUCUGGAGAGCUUCAUUUGUUCCUCAAAUGAAAAUUUUGCCUUUUAAGAGAACGCCUAAAAUCGCGUUCUUGUUCUUAACUAGGGGCUCUCUGCCUUUGGCUCCGUUGUGGGAGAGGUUCUUCAAGGGGAAUGAAGAGCUUUAUUCAAUCUACAUUCAUAAUUUGCCAUCUUACAAACCUGAUUUCCCAACUUCAUCUGUGUUUUAUGGCAGGCAAAUUCCUAGUCAGGUGGCAGAGUGGGGGGAUAUUAGCAUCACUGAUGCUGAAAGACGGCUUCUUGCUAAUGCAUUGCUUGAUAUCUCCAACGAAUGGUUUAUAAUCCUAUCAGAGUCGUGCAUUCCUCUCCACAACUUCAGUGUUAUCUAUCGAUACAUAUCAGAAUCCAGGUACAGCUUUGUGAGUGUGUUUGAUGAUCCUAGAUCUGUUGGAAGAGGGCGUUACAAUUGGAAGAUGUCACCUGUGGUUAAAAUCACUCAAUGGCGUAAAGGAUCUCAGUGGUUUGAAGUUAACAGGAAAUUGGCUGUUGACAUUGUUACAGAUGAGGUAUACUACCCCAAAUUUAAACAGUUCUGCAAACCAUCAUGCUAUGUUGAUGAACACUAUUUCCCAACAAUGCUGCACAUCCAAUCCCCUCAUCUCCUGACAAAUACGAGUCUCACUUGGGUAGACUGGCAUAGAGGUGGUGCUCAUCCUGCUACAUUUGGAAAGGCUGAUGUUACAGAUAAGUUUCUCAAGCAACUUUCGGAAGGCCAGAGGACCUGUGUCUACAAUAACCAGACGACUUCAUAUUGUCUCCUUUUUGCUAGAAAAUUUUCUCCUAGUGCAUUAGACCCUUUAUUAAAACUCUCGUCCAAGUAUCUAGGCUUCUGAAAUUCCAUUGCUUUGUGAUCUGAUAUAUUCAAGUAUAAAAAUCAGCCUUCGGCCACAUGAUUGCUGAAGGCCUGAUGAAAUGAUAGACAUUGUCAUGUUAUACUAAAGAUAUAUCGAUAUUUAUGAUCAUGAUGAUAAUAUUAUAUGAAAUCCCAGUAUUUAAUAUUUGA